AUGGUGCACGGUAGGGAGUUUGAGGUGAACUUGAUCUGUUUGCCUCUUUCUCAAUUGGACGUGAUAUUGGGAAUGGAUUGGCUAGCUACCAACCAUAUGUUGCUAGAUUGCAGAGAUAAGACACUGAUGUUUGGUGCGGCGAUGUCAAAAGUUCUGAGGAUGUUAAGUCAUGGUGUGUGGGAGAACACAGUAAAUGCUAAGGCCUUCAUGGUGAUGUUUUCAAUGGAGGCAAAAAGCGUGGUGAAGCCAGAGUAUAUCCCGGUAGUGAGGGACUACUUGGAAGUUUCCCUUGAAAAUGUUUCUGAGUUAUUGCCUGAGAAGGAGAUAGAGUUUGUUAUUGACCUCAUUCUGGGAGCAAGUUCGAUUUCUGUGGCACCAUAUAAGAUGUCAACAGUAGAGUUGGCGGAGGUCAAGAAGCAAGUAGAAGAUUUGUUGCAGAAGCAGUUUGUAAGACCGAGUGUGUCACCAUGGGAGCGCCAGUGCUCUUAG